AUGCGAGACCAAUCCGGCGGACACACUCUGAAGCUCACAGACGACCUGGAAAAGGAGCUGAUCAAAGAGGCCAAGCAGCUGCAGGCAGGAGAUACUGCUGUUCUGCCAAGUAUCAGUGAACUCGAAGCAGCAGAGCAGGAGGCAGCCCGGUUGGGCGGUACGACCAUCAUCCAUUUCCUGCACGUGGUAAUACUUGGUGCGGCACGCGUUGGAAAGACCAGCUUGCUGAAGGCGUUGCUUGAGAAGAUGCACAAUGAGAAUGAACUCAGCACACCCGGCAUGCGCACGUCCUACGCAACUACAAACAUCUCUGAUGACUGUCGAUUCAUCGAAUGCCCAGACAUGCCAGAUGCUCUGAGUCGACUCUACGUCAUCACCAUGAUGUGCAAACCAUCAACUUCGAAUCAUCCCCAAGACAAAGAGACAACACAAGAUGACAGAGAGAGAGCCCCAGCAGGAGAGGAUCUUGUGGCUGGGACCCAUGCAGGACCUAUGGAGGACAGCAGUAGCAGCAGCAGCAGUAGCAGCAGCAGCAGCAGUAGCAGCAGCAGCAGUAGCAGCAGCAGUAGCAGCAGCAGCAGAAGCAGCAGCAACGGGCCAGCAAUGCGCGAGGAAAUCCACGAGACCAUCACAGGAUUUCUCAACGCAGACCGGGUAAAGUACAUCUCUGACCGGGCCAACACACCCAACUAUACCGUCAUAACAUUCCGCGACCUUGGAGGGCAGCAAGUCUACCAAUCCGUGCAGCCCCUCUUUAUGGCCAAAAACACAGCCUUCAUUGCCACAUACAACUCUUCUCUGGACCUUCUAGAGACCCUUCCCAAGUUCGAUGAAUUUCAGGUCAGCCGGGAAGAAUGUAUCGAGCGGGCCACUCUACCGGCCAAUGCGACUCGCCUAGACCAGCUGCUCGGCUGGCUCGACAUGCUGCUGCUGAAUGCGAAAGCUGACAGCAGCACAGACCAGAGUGCUGCAGAUGAUGUGUUUGUAGUGGGGUGUCAUAGUGACAGGUGGAACAAAACCGAUUUGCCUGAUCCUUGUAAGCUACUUCAAGAGAAGAUAAAAGGUACCCCGUACCAGAACCUUGUCUGGAACGACACUUCGCACUUCAAAAUCGACAACACCAGAUCCACUGGAAGUGCAGCACAAGCAGAUGAGCUGCAGCGAUUGAGAGAGGCCAUCAUCGACCGCUGCCAGAAGAGCCAACGUAACAUCCCUGUUCCAUGGCUCCGAUUCUGCAUAUCCAUACACACGCUCAAGCAGGAGGUCACUUGGCCUUGGAUUUCCUUCAAGGAGGCAAAGUUCAUAGCGAAGCAAGUCAAGGCUGUUCCACAUGACUGCAGUGACCCGCAAAUACAGCUGCUGCUGAAGUACUGCCACGAAGCAGGCCACCUGGCGUACUUCCCAACUUUCAAGCUGAAAGACACGGUCAUCCUGGAGCCCCAGUUCAUCCUGGACUGUGUCAAUGCCUUUGUCUACAUGAAGCCUGACCGAGACAUCACAGUGCACGAAGCGUGGUGCUAUCGUUCUGGGUUCAUGACGGAGUCCCUGGCACGCAAAGCUCUCAACAAGAUGUUCGAGGGUCAGUCUUACUGCGACCAUGCUAAGGCAUGGCAAGCAGUCAGAGCAAGCAGUGAUGGGUUCAAGCACAUUUUUGAAAUCCUAGAAUGGCUCUCAGUCCUGGUAAUUGUGCAGGAUGAGAGGUCUGCUGAGCACGAGUUUAUUGUACCUGCAGUCGUCCAGGACAUGGGGACGGUCCCGCAGACGCCUUGUUCCUGUGCCUAUGUGUCCUUGAAGCACGCAAACCGAGAUGAGUUGAUGCACUUUCCCGUGUUCCUGUACUGGCAAUGCGUGGUGGAGGUGCUGCUUAAGUCACACAAGCGCUCGUCUGCCACGCUGUCACGGUGCAGCGUUCGCCUUCGCUGGAACAGCGAUUGGCCGUGGUUGCACCUGCACUAUACACGCUACGGCUUACAAGUGUACCUCGAAUGCAAGGGCCGACACGGCGGUAGCGGAAAGUCUACGCUGGAUGAAGUCCGGGCAAUCGUGCUCACAGUGGUACGGAAGUGGGGCCUCCAGGUCGAAGUGAUCAGCACAUUGCCAUGCCCCUGCGGAGAAACAUCGGGCAAGGAGUGUUUACAGCAUGGCUUAUCUACGUGCCGCGCGCCAAGCUGUGCACACGCCUUGGACGCUUCCACCCUAGUGGCUGAAGACUACCCACUGUGUACACGUUCAAAGCAGGAUAUACAGAUGAUCCGUGAGCAGGCCAUGUUCUGGCUGGGCCUUGACCAGGAUGCAUGUGGAAAGCUGUUUGACCCGAGAUCGGCCUCUCUUCCUUCAGAAAAUCCCUCUUCUGGCAAUCCUCAUUUACCAGCAUCAGAAGGAACACUCUGCCCAGUAGCAUCACAGCCAGUAGCCACCUCAGCAGCGGCAGGCUCAGGAGCAGCAUCACAGCCAGCAGCCACCUCAGCAGCGGCAGGCUCAGUGGUAGCGUCACUAAUAGCAUCACCGGCUGUGGCAUUACUAGUAGCAUCACUGUUAGCAGCAGCAGCAGCCUCAGUAGCAUCAGUAGCAUCUCCAAUAGCAGCAGCACUGGUAGCAGCAGCAGCAGUCCUUGCUGCAGUAGCACUUUCAGCAGCAGCAUCACAAGUAGCACCUUCAUCAGCAGCACCUGCAGCAGCAGCAGCAGCAGCGACUACAGCAGAAGCCUGUGCCAGUGUGGACAGUAGAAGCGGUGGUCACGGUGCUCGUGGAAGCGGUCAUCACAGCGCUGGUGGAAGCGAUGGUCACGACGCUGAAUUCAUGUCACUUGGUGCCAUUGGUGGAAAGACACUCAAUCAGAUUGCCGACUGGCAUGCGUUUGUUAGCUCGAUUGAACCGUUCAUCGGUGGAGAGGAGGAAGGCGACGAGAGAGCAAACUGCGGUAAGGCGGCUGUGCAGCUAGUGACUCCAGAAUACACAAACUACUACCCCAACGUGCUGAAGUCGUUUCAUGAAAGGAAUAAAGGUAACAUCCGAGGCCCAGGCAAAGGAGAGAACAACCUCUUCUGUAUCCUGCUGUAUCUGAUGCAACAACGUCCGAGCACAACCGUCCAAGAGCUGUUUAACCUGCUGACUGAUAAUGCCAAGCAUUCCCGGCGCCAUCUUUUCAGGGCAAUCAAGAAUGCGGAGUACUUGAAACAAUAAGCAGGAGAUGAGGCCUUGUCCAGAGAUGGCAGGGGGGGGGGGCAAGCGUCUGCUCUCCGACCCCCAGCCGCUCAGUGCCUCGGCCGGAUCGGAUUAGCAGCCUGGCCGCCCUCCGGGCAGCGUCGUGGAGCCUGAUGUCUUUUGACCGGAGCGUUCGUCCUAGGCAUCAUGGGCGCUGUGUGUUUUCAUUGCCAGUUGGCAUGUGUUGCUGUGAUCAGCUCGUGUCAUUUUCCUUCAUUAUGAAUUUACACAUAGCAGUGAUGUUUCUAAUGUCUUGAAGUACACUAGAAACUCACAUGCUAUUUUACUUUGAAUUGCAGUUAGUAAAUUUUGAAAAUAAUAAACUAUCAAUUUUCAAUCCAUGUCAGACAAUCAGGGAAGUUUUUGAAGCUCCUCUCAUUCCCGCCAUUAAUGUAAUUAGAAUAUUAAAAUUUCAAGACACGCUUGCGUGAGCCUUUACUGAAACUUGACUAACGAUAUUGAGAUCACCAUGUCUCUGUGCGUUGAGCCAAUCCACAUUGAUUUCAUAGAAGCCUAACCUAUAUCUUUGCAGACUUGAUUUUUGUAUCCAUAUUCAAGACUGAAGAUCUCACCAGAACUUAGUAGUAGAAAGCGGUGAAUGCGUUGAAAUAGGCUGGGAAAUUCUCAGUUCUAUGCUAGUAAAUACAAAUGACAUUGCCUUACUCUUUUUGCUGUCAUCGGCUCACUGCUGAUGAGAUAUAACAAGGUGGAAACAGCUGGCUGUCUGAGAUUUGAGUAUGUUUUGUUUG